AUGUCUGCCCAUCCGAAUGCACGCUCACCUGCUGUUGCCUUGAGUGUCCCUGAUGAUUCUUCCCUGAAUUUGCAGGAAAAAGAGGUGUACAAUAAGGGAGCCUCAGAGCGCAAGAAAGCAUAUGAGGCGCAAUUAGAAGAAUACAACAUGCAAUCCAGGGUGGAGGGUGUUGGGGACACUGAGGAUGACGAUGAGAAGCAAGAAGAGGCACCAAAGCCUGCAAAGAAAAAGCGACUUGUGUCCAAGAAAACUGAAGAGGUAGCGGCGCAAGGGCAGCAGGGGGGGCGGCCAGUGCCGGAGCUGAAUGACGUGGAGAGCGUGGGGGAGGAGAGGGACCGCUCGUUACUGUCACACGGGAGAGUUGGCGCGACGUUUGGUCAGGGAGGCGGGGAAGGGCAUGGGAUCACGGGGGUGACUCAAACGGGGGGAGGAGCAGGAGGAGGAGAGGCGGGAGCAGGAGGGGGAAGGGGAGGAGGAAGGUCAGGAAGCAAGCACAAGGAGGGACGUGUUCGGGCGUCUGGAGGCGUUGCUGGUGGUGGUGGUGGUGCUGCUGGUGUCCCAGAUGUGACUGUAGAUGGAAGGGACUAUUACGGGGCCUCUGGGGAUGUAGUAACAAGUGAAGGAAGAGGGGAGGAGGAGGAGGGCGAGAGGGGAAGGAAGGACAGGAAGAGUGACCGGAAGGAGAAGAGGAAGAAGAAGAAGGAUAAGGAGGAAAAGGAGAAGGAGAAGGAAGGUAAGGAGAAGGGGAAGGGUAAGGGGAAAGGGAAGGCGAAGGGAAAGGGUAAGGACAAGCAGGGGCAAGAGGAGGGGGAAGACGGGGAAGAUGGAAUUGAGAUGUUGGCAGAUGGAAAGGUAGUAGCAGCAAUAGCAUCAGCAGGAGGGGAUGGGGAUAACGCAAGCAUACCCUUGGGCACUGGGGGUAUUGCGGGCACUGGUACUACUGGUGCCGGUGGUGGGGGUGACAGAGGUAGUGCGGAAGGUGGUGGCUUUGGAGGGACGGCUAGGGAUGCACUUACAGGAGACACUGGGGGCGGUGUGGCUGGAAACGUGCAGGGCGCUGGGUGGGGACACGAGGGCAUUGGGGCGGGAGACGAGCAGGGGGCUGGGUGGGGGGGAGACGAGCAGGGUGCUGGUGCUGCAUCGGGAGACGAGUUCUUUUCAGACAAGGACGUGCCGGAUGUGUGGUCUGACUUUGAGUCGAAACUCGCUCUGGACGGCCGGAAAGCUGCUGUCCGGAACGUGCUUCCUGGCGACUCCCCUUCCGCCUUAAGCUUUGGUCCGUCAGCCGUUGCUGCUCUACCCAACGGGCUUGGUGACCUGGACGAGCGGGUGAGGGAGGAGCGCGCGCGGGAGGAGCGAGCGCGGGAGGAGGAGCGAGUGCGGGAGCUGCUAGCCGCCCAGGAGAAAGCUUUAAAAGAGGCGCACGCGAGGGAGAUAGAGGGGGUGAAGGCGAGGGUUGAGAGGGAGGUGCAUGAGCGCGUGAUGGCGGAGGUGGCGGAGGUGGAGGCAAGAGUAGAGCAGGAGGUGCAGGAGCGGGAGGCGCUGGAGGAGCAGCAGCGGGUGAGGGCGGAGGAGCAUCAAAGGGAGGUGUGGGAGCUGCAGUGCAGCGCGGAGGAGAUGCGGCAGCAGCAUGAGCAGCUCAUGGCGGAACUGCAGGAGCUGCGGCAGCUGCGGUACGGGGGCGAGGAGGUGGAGAGGCAGCGGAGGGAGGUGGAGAGGGAGCGGGCGGAGGUGGUUCGGCUGCGCAAGGGCAUGGCGGAGAGCGUGUUUCAGAAGCAGCAGUGGGCGCUGGACAUGCAGGAAAUGGAUAAGAUCAAGAAGGAGCUGAACGAGCUGAGGGCGCGAGAGAGGGAGCUGCAGAAGCAGCUGCGGAUAGGCUCGGGCUCUUCCUCAGAGAUCACAGCACUCAAGCAGGUGGUGGCAUCACUUAAAGCCCGCGAGGAGGAGGUGAACGCCAAAGAGGCUCUUGCCCUGGCAAAGCACAAGGAGGUGGAGGCCUUGCGCAAGGUGCAGGAGAAGGUGGAGGUGGAGCUGGUGGAGGCGAGGCGCAUGAACAACGAGCUGCAACUGCAGAGGAGGAAGAUGAGCGUGCAGCUGGCCGAGGCCCAGGCACACAUGGAUAGGCUCAUAGCGCCCGAGAGCCAGCAGCUGAAGAAGGCACAGAUGGAAGCCAUGCUGCUGCGGCAGCGAGUGGCGGAUCUUCUCAGACAGGUCGAAGGUCUACAGAACAGCCGGUUCAGCGAGGUGGAGGAGGUGGUGUACCUGCGGUGGGUGAACGCGUGUCUGCGCUUUGAGCUGCGCCACAACAAGGCCAUGGCUGGCGGCAAGGACUCGGCGCUCUCCCUCAACAACAACCGCAGCCCGCGCUCCCAGGACCGCGCGAAACACCUCAUGCAGCAGUUUGCCGACGGCUACCCCACAGGGGAACCUUCAGCUGCUGGUGGCCGUUACAACGAUGACGACUCCGACUCCCUCUCCCUAUACAACGACUCUGCAUCCUUCGCCUCCUCGCCUGACCGCGGCAGCGCUGCUGCCACAGACGAACCAUUUCACUCCUCCCCGGAUAGCUAUGGGCGGGGUGCUGCUGGUGGGGGAGGGGGAGCUGCGGGAGGAGGAGGAAGGAAGGCGAGAACGCCUGGACCUGGGACGGGAGGGAGAGGAGGAGGAUGGGGAGUGGGCGUGGGAGUGGCGUCUGGUGCUGGUGCUGGUGGUGGCGGUUUUGGUGAGGGUGGUGGUGGGGGUGGAGGAGGUGGUGGGGGUGCGGGUGUGGGAGGGGGAGGGAAGGAUGCGCUGGGGAGAACAAUGUCUCUGCAGGCCAUGUCGCAGCAGGAUGCAGCGAGCAAGCUCAAGAACUUCCUCACCUGGCGCCGCAACAAGUCCGCGCGAGACCUCGGGGAAACUGCUGCUGCUGGUGGGGGUGUUGGGGGUGCUGGUGGGGGUGGUGGUGCUGCGGGUGGUGGUGCUGGUGGUGGUGGUGAUGGGAGUUCUGGUGGUGGUGGUGCUGAUGCUGUUUCUGAUGCUGCUGCUCGGGCUGCCGCCAGGUAUGAAGGAGAGCGAAGGGCACGCCACAGAGGAGGAAGGGAAGGAGGAGGUGGAAGCGGGGGAGGUGGGGGAGGAGGCGGAGGAGGAGAGGGUGGAGAAUUUGGAAGGGAGGGAGGGCAGGAUGAGGAGAGGAAGGAGGCGAUUCUCAGAAAGCUCAAGAUGAAGCAGCCUCCUCCAGGCAUGAUGAUGAACCCCAUGGGCGAUUUCACCGUCGGUGACUCCUUCAAUCUCGUCCGCCGAUCCGUGUCCCGCCCCGACAAGGACAAUCUGCACCGUCAAUUCCCGGGGUUCAAGGAUCGGCACCUCCUUGCCCAGGAGCGGCAGAUUUUUAACCUCCAACAGGCCGAAGCUGCGGCUGCCCUGAAAAAAUCGGGUAUUUCGGCUAACGCGUCCGUUGGGAAAACGCCGCGCGUCGCCGCCCCGGAGAAGCGCGAGCCAAGAGUGCCGUCCGCGCCGCCCAGGCCCCGAACCACCCGCCCGAGCCACCUGGACGAGGAAAUGGAAGUGACGCACGCCGCCGCCCUGCUCAACAAAGCAGUGGGCGGCGCAGUGCCACUUCCGCCGCCCCUGCCGCCGGCCGGCGGGGUUCCAUUGCCGCCCGCAAUGCCCAGAGGGAAACUGGGUGGGAAGGAGGGAAUGGACGAUGAGGGGAUGCGGAGGGCGCCUGAAGUGGUGGCGUUCUAUCAGCAGCUGAUGAGGAUGCAGAGGGAGGGACUGGGAGGUGUUGGGGGGAGGGAGGCGGAGGAGGGGUUGAGCAUGACGGCCGUGAGAGGGGAUAUGAUUGGCGAGAUCGAAGGACGCUCGUCGCACCUGCUGGCUAUCAAGCAGGACGUGGAGAUGCAGGGCGACUUCAUCAACACCCUGGCAAGGGAGGUGCGCGACGCCUCCUACUUUGACAUUGAGGACGUCGUGGCGUUUGUCAACUGGCUGGAUGAGGAGCUCGCCUUCCUGGUGGACGAGCGCGCAGUGCUGAAGCACUUUGACUGGCCCGAGGCCAAGGCGGACGCGCUGAGGGAGGCAGCGUUUGAGUUCCAGGACUUGGUGCGCCUGGAGAGGGACCUAGGGAGCUACAUGGAUGACCCUGACGUGCCCACCGACCAGGCUCUGAAAAAAAUGUUCCACGUGCUGGAGAAGGUGGAGCAGAGCAUAUACGCGCUGCUGCGCACGAGAGACAUGGCCAUCUCACGCUACGCUGAGUUUGGAGUGCCCACCUACUGGAUUCUUGAUAAUGGCCUCGUGGGCAAGAUACGUCUGCUGCGAGCCAACCUGCCCAUCAUCUACCUCCCUCCCCUCCUCUCCCCUCCCCUUCCCUGCUGCAACACAGAUGCGUGUGGCAUCGAUCCGUCUGGCAUCGGUGCGACUGGCCCGGUGCUAGAUAACGCGGAUCCGCCUAGCCUCUGUGCGUCUGGCCCGGUGCUACAUCACGCGGGUCACAUCGGAGCUGGACAAGCUAGGCAGCGAGCCGGAGAGCGAGCCCAUCAGAGAGUUCCUGCUGCUGCAGGCCGUGCGAUUUGCUUUCCGCACUCACCAGUUUGCAGGAGGGUUUGA